UACAGAUGGUGCUCUUUGAGAAUGCCGGUGAGCAGCGUUUAGCAAAUGGUUUUAGCUUUUGAAGGUAUAAGAAACCCUAUAAGCAUAGAAGUUUGUUGCAGAAGAUGAUAGCACUGUCGGAGCUCACCGAUGACAUUAUUGGGAGCAUGGCCGUUGGAGCCACUUUCUCAGAUUUUGGUGGGCAGAUAAACUCACUUGAUUUUCAUCGGACAGAAGAUUUACUGAUAACUGCUAGUGAGGAUGACUCAAUUCGACUUUUUGACAUUGCCAAUGGGAAGUUGCUGAAGACUACAUAUCAUAAGAAGCAUGGAGCUGAUCGAAUAUGCUUUACCCACCACCCUCAUUCUGUUAUAUGCUCUUCAAUACACAACUUGGAUGUGCAUGGAGAGUCUCUGCGAUACCUAUCCAUGUACGAUAAUCGAUGUCUUCGUUACUUUAAGGGACAUAAAGAGAGGGUUGUGUCACUGUGCAUGUCUCCAGUUAAUGACAGCUUUUUGUCUGGAUCUCUUGACCAUAGUGUGAGAAUAUGGGAUCUUCGUGUAAAUGCAUGCCAGGGGAUUUUGCGUCUAAGAGGUAGGCCUGCAGUUGCUUAUGACCAACAAGGCCUUGUCUUUGCAGUGGCAAUGGAAGGGGGUGCCAUCAAAUUGUUUGAUUCAAGACACUUUGACAAGGGGCCCUUUGAAACCUUCCUAGUUGGUGGAGAUACAGCUGAGGUUUGUGACAUAAAAUUCAGCAAUGAUGGAAAAUCAAUGCUUUUAACAACUACUAGUAAUAGCAUCUAUGUGCUUGACGCCUAUGCAGGAGAGAAGCGGUGUGGGUUUAAUCUGGAUCCUUCUCCGACAGCAAUGGAGGCAUCCUUUACACCAGACGGACAGUAUGUUUUUUCAGGUUCAGGAGAUGGAAGCUUGCAUGCGUGGCACAUCGACACACAAAAUAAGGUUUGUAGCUGGGAUAGCCACAUAGGUGUGGCAUCGUGCUUGAAAUGGGCCCCAAGAAGAGUCAUGUUUGUUGCUGCAUCAUCAGUUCUUACCUUUUGGAUUCCUGAUCAUAGAGGUCCUGGUGAGGCCGCUGGAGUCCAAGUAGAAGAACAAGUUACUCUUACUCAAUGACGUCUUUAUAAGUUACAUGUAGGUGUAAACACACUUGGCACUCCCAGGAGUUGUGUGGACAUUGUUGAUGCAUGUGUGUCUUUUAUUUGUUAUCCUUUUUUGUGAAGAAAGAAAACGAAACCAAGGACUUGGAUACCCCUUUCUGUUUGGUAAAUAGGUGUCACCUAUCUUCUAUAUGGGUUUUCUCAAUCAUUUGGCCCACUGCGAGCAUCAUUCUAUCACGUGUUAAUAGUUGCAAGUCUGUUUAAAUGGUGUGUACAAUGAGGCUUUGCGGUAUAAUUAGACUAACAUGUCGAGGAUGACGAUGGAGUAAUUACACAAAGCUAAAAGGUCAUUUUGUUAGAGGAAGUGAUAUGCAAUGGAAGGAGUAAUUAUAUAAGAUUGAAUUUGAGUAAUGUGUAUGUAUUAGUAUUAGUAUUAGUAUUAAGUAAUUUAUUUGUGCUUCUUGUGGUAAUUAAUAAUUUCAUUAAACUUAUAAAAAUCUUUUCCAAUAUUUGACUAUUAUAAGAAAAAAGAGAGUAAAUUUUAGUAGGUUUUAAGAACA